AUGUCAGAGAAAAGUGGGAAGAGUACUACUGAGGAACAUGCUGGUGGUGAGGAUACUUCAAUGGGAUCUUCACAGCAUAACUUUGAUUUGAAUGAAGAAGCUAGUAGUGAUCAAGAUGAUACUAACAAUAUUGAGAAUGAUGAAGUAAAUGUUGGUGAUGAUGAGGAUGACGACGAUGACGACGAUGAUGAGAAAGCAAAGGAUGAUGAUGAAGGAACUUCGAGCUCAACAAAAGUUAGAAGUAGUGGUUCAAAUGAAAGAAGAAAUGGCGUAAGACAAUAUGUUAGAUCAAAGAUGCCUAGGCUGAGGUGGACUCCUGAUCUUCAUCAUUCAUUUGUGCAUGCUGUUGAAAGGCUUGGAGGCCAAGAGAGAGCAACACCUAAGUUGGUGCUUCAACUAAUGAAUGUGAGAGGACUUAGCAUUGCUCAUGUCAAGAGUCAUUUGCAGAUGUAUCGGAGCAAGAAACUUGAUGAUGUCGGACAAGUACUAAGUCCAACACAAAGAUUAACACAUGAUUUAGGUCAUGUAGCUCAUCACUCCAUGAUGCCUCAUCAACAUUUCAAGAUGGCAAAUGGUGGAAUUGUUCUAGAAACCAAUUACAACCAACACAAUUAUAAUUUCCACACUCUCUUGCAUUCACAUUCAAAAGCCAUCAAUUCCAGGAACCAACAAUGGUACUUAAAUCAUCGAUCAUUGAGACCAACCUAUAUUAGCAAUGAAGUUCUCUCUUCAACCGCUUUACAAUCGCAACAUGGAAGAUCAUCGAUAGCUUCAAACCAGCCGAUUACUCAAGUUAUGGAUACUAGUUUGAAUACCACACUUGCUCCAAUGAGACCAAGCCAAUUUCUUGAAGAGAAAAGGUGGCCUCCAUUAGAUAUCAUGAACACUAAUCAAUAUUGGAAGAAAAAUUUACAUACCAAUCUUUCUAGUUUUGGCUCCACUACAACAACAUCACUUAGACCAGCUGAAAAUCUGUUAAAAAUCAAUGAGUACCAUAGCUCUUUCAAUACUUCAUCAAAGCUUGAAUUUGAUUCUCCAUUCAGGAUUAAGAUGAAUCAAGAAACAUUGCAAAGAGAGAAAAAAUGGUUACCUGAUUUGCAACUGAGUUUAAGUCAAACAAAUUGCAACAAUGAUGAUAAGAGUGAUGGUUUGAGAGAAAACAAAGAAAUCAACACAAAACUUUCACUUUCUUAG